GUUAGGGCUUACUUGAGCAGUUGAGCAGCUUGAGCUCACCCUUGCAAAAUUCUCCCGGAAAAAUCAAAUUCCAGCAAAAGCUCAAAAAUGGCGGAUGGAGGAGACAUGGAAAUAUCUCUCGAUAAACUCCCUAUCAAGCGCCUCGACAUCAUCGAAGAAUCCGGCCUCGAACGCUUCCCUCCCGAAAUCGAAUACGAAGAAAAGACAGUGAACUUGAUUCGUAGAAUCGACUUCGCUUGGGCGUUGGAGAGAGACUCUAAGAAGCAGAAGAAGGCGAAGGAAGCAUCUGCGCCGUCUACAUGGCAAGGAAUGAUCGAAAAUUUGAAAUCGGCUCAUCAAGAACUAUCCGUUAUCAUUGAUCUCAUCAACACUGUUGAAGCCAAUGAUGCAGUUACAGUGGCUCAUAUGAAUAGACCAAAACCAUUGCCUAAUGAAUCCCUUAAUGACCUUGCAGUGUCUGCUGCAACUAAGCUACAGUGUUAUCGGCAUCUUAGUAAGUACUUUAAGCAGUCUGCCAAAUCCUUGGAACAUCAGAUUUCCAGGGAAGCAAGAUUUUAUGGAGCUCUUAUUCGUUUGCAGCAGAAUUGGAAGGUCAAAUGGCAUCGCUUGGCUGCAAAUGCUCCUAGUAGCGACGGUUUCUUGAUUGAUCUUUCCAACAAAGCAGCCCAUGAGCAGUCAGCUGUUGCCCGAGCCCCAGCUUUUUCUAUGGUUCGUGUGGACCAUGAUUCAUCUGGCAUGUUGGCUGUGAAUUUGUCUAAAAGUUCAUGUCGCUCUUUCCACUUUGGUUUUCUGGAUGCUCAUCCAGUUGAUAGUCCAGAAGGAUCUGAGAAAAUGAAUGUGCAUACAGCUGAAGAAUCUUUAAGAGAAGAUAAGAAGGAUCCUCUUAGUGAUGAUGAUCGUGUACGAGAAACACACACGGUCCUUUGCGAUGCCCAUAGGGCUAUAUUCUAUGAACAGGUAUUUGAGUUAGUUAGCCGUGAAUCGUUUAAUCCAUCUUUGGGGGUCAAUGUGACUGGAAUACGAGAAAAUUAUUUGGAAUUGAGCAUAAAACCAGGGGUAUCUGUAUUUAUAUCACUAAUGCCAUACAAUCAGGAAGAUCAAGGUACUGAUAGCAGUGACACUCAGGAUGUGGACGAUCUAUCUAAAGGGUCAAGCAUGGUGGUCAGCAAGCAAAAUAUGAAACCACUAUCUGGACAUUCCAAUCCAAUUACUUAUGAAAUAUAUCUGCAAAAGCUUUUCCAUGAUGAAAUAUUUACAAAGGUGAAGCACCAAUCAGCAUUGCCUGGUAAAGUUCAAUCUAGCCAGCCGCAAAAUGAUGCUGCGGGUCUUGUGAAUCAUUUCUGCCUUUCUCUGGCUCACCGAGACUUCUCAAACAAAGUUCUUACAGAGCUGGAAAACCUGGUCACCAAGAUUCCAUAUCUCCAGCUAAUAUCACAACCUACCUGGCAUUCACGGACUUCUUCAUGGGCGUUAUCUGUGAAAGUUCCCGAAGUCGUAUUUAAUGCACAAUGUCAGGCAUGGAGAUCAGACGAGGACCAAAUUAAAGAUAACAAGUUACUAUUUCAGACAAGGGUGGUAGUGAAAGAUGAUUGUAUCAACAUUGAAGGGGGAGGUGCUCCUAAUGUGGUUGGUUUGUUCAAAGGUAAUCCUGAUGCUAUGGGCUCCAAGAACAGAUUCAAUUGUGACUUAGUAGAUCUUCCGAUGGUGCUACUGUUGCAGAUAGCUAGUCAAAUCAUAUCCUGGCUUCACGAGGAGGCAUUGAUGGUGGGGAUAAAAACAAACCGGGAUUUUCUCUGCCUUUCCUUGGAACUUGAACAAGGUGAGAAGCUGAGCUUAGUUGCACAUGUUGAUCCGGAAGAUGAACUGGGAUGCAUCUCUUGGUGGCUGAUGGUGGAGGACGGGUCUACUGAGGAGCACACACUUCAGGCAGAUCUUCCUGAUGGUGAGUCUCCUUCUAGGCGGUUCUUGGGUCAUUUGUCUUUGGAUGCAUUGUACUCCACAUUGAUGGAUCUUGUUAGUAUGUGCACCGGCAGUGUUAAUCAUUAACUCUGGCCUUGUUUCCGGCAUAUUUCAAUGGAAAUGGGUAGUUUCUCUGUGUUUUUCAUCCUUCCUUUUAGGUGUUUAGCUGCAAAAUUUUCAUUCUGCAGCUAUGAAAUGUAGAUGAUUUGAACUAAUUAACUUCGAUUGACAGGUUAAGAUGCCAAAGUAGGUUAUAUGAUGUGAUUAAUUAGAUCAUUAGAUAGGAAUUGUACCCGCACAUUGGUUCAUAUUGGAAAAUAACAUUAGCAAAACUAA